ACCAGAACCACAAAAGGGUAAAAAAUGGGUAAAAGCAGAACGGGGUCAAACCAGAGCCGGGUUCCAGGGGCCGUUCGUGGCUCUGUCGUUUGCACCGAACCCGCCAGGGGGCGCCUCGCAGCGCAUGCGCACAGCGCCGGCGGAAGCGGCGGGACCGGCAGCGCUGGCGGCGGAGCAGCAGCAGCAGCAGCAGCACCGGGGGAGCGGCGGCGGCGCCCGGGUGGGGCUGUGCCUGCUGUGCGGGCUGCCCGCGGCCGGCAAGUCCACCCUGGGCCGCGCCCUGAGCCGCCGGCUGCCGCAGCGGCCCGGCUGGGCCUGCGCGCUACUCGCCUACGACGAGCUCAUCCCGCCCGAGGCCUUCCGCACCAGCCCGUCCCCAUUGCUGCCCGGCUGGAAGCAGAGCCGCCGCGAGCUGCUGCAGUGCCUGGAGGGGCUCCUGCGGGCGCUGCUCACCGGGGCGCCGCUGCCCGGCCCCGCGCAGCCGGGCUGGCCGCGCUUCCUGGGCUGCUGCCGCCGGGAGGGGCUGCUGCCCGCCGCCCGCGGCGACGCCGGAGCCGCCUCCCGGCCGCUCGUCCUCCUGCUGGAUGACAACUUCUAUUACCAGAGCAUGCGCUACGAGGUGUACCAGCUGGCCCGCAAAUAUUCCUUGGGCUUCUGCCAGUUAUUUUUAGAGUGUCCAGUGGAAUGCUGCCUGCAGAGGAACCGCCUCAGAAGUGAUCCUGUGCCUGAGCAGACCAUACAAUUAAUGGCAAGGAAAAUAGAAAUGCCAGAUCCCAGGAAAAACACCUGGGAGCAGCACAGCCUCAUUCUGAGCAGUUCUGAUGGCGUCUCAGAGGAUGAUGAGCAGAUCAUGAACUUGCUGGCCACAGCUUUGGAAAAUCCAGAGAGGCCAAAUGAGGAAGACACAGAUCAGAAGGAGGCAGCUCGAGCCAUCUGUGCAGCCAGUGCUGUCCAUCAGGCUGACCAGGCAUGCAGGAGAGCCAUCUCUGAGGCCAUGCAGGAUGCCAAAGGUAAAAACAUUCUCCCGAGUGAGAUGAAGAGCCUGGCAGAAGAACUCAACAAACUGAAAGCAGAAUUUUUGGAAGACUUGAGGCAAGGAAAGACUUUGAAAACCCAAUAUUCUGACCCUGCUACAAGUGUUAUUUCUUCAUUCCAACGUGAGGCAACCAAGGUAGUAAAUAAAUAUAUUUUAAAAUAAUGAUAUAGAGAAUGUUGGGUGUUUAGGAGUCCCAAGUGUUUCUGAGCACUGCUGCUGAGAGAUCUGAGGUGCAGAUCCCUUCUCUGGAGCCCCUGUGCCUCCACUCCCCAUGACAUGGAAGAGAAACACUUUAAUCAAGUCUAACCAAGCUGUUCUUGGCUGUGGAGAUCAAGCCAAGAGCAAACCAUCCCAAGAUUUAAGUUUCACAGCAUCAGAAAAAAUUAACCCAGAAGGAGCACUUGGGAAAUCACCAGCUCCAUCCCUGGAAGGAUAUGCAAUUAAGAAUUGACAUGGGACCUAAUUAGAAAGUGUUAUUUUAUUCAUAUCUUACAAAAGCAAUGCUUCACAACAUGAACUACACGAGAUAGAGUUAUUUCAGAAUAAACCUUGUCGUCUCAGAAACGUUCACUAACAUUAAAAUUUAUUUUACAACUCUAACAGCUUUCAUUUUUGCAUAAAAUCUGCUCUUUACACUGAAAUACAUAUUAUUAACAAAGUAGGUACUUAGAAGCACAUACACAAAGAUUGCUCAAUGAAAGAGAUGCUUUAGCAGGAGAGAGAUUUCCUGCAGCAAAACAUCAUUUGCUGUAGAUUUUCAAAGAAGCUUGAAAUUAGUAGAGAACUUGCCAGUGAAGACUUCUAAAUUACAUUCCCUUUGUCAAAAAGAAACAAAAAGCAAACCCCCAAAACAUUCUGGAACAAAACAAACAGUAACAGAUUAUUUGGCUGGCAAACACUUCUGGAAAGUGUCCCAGCACUGAGUUUUAUUAUUAAAAAGCCAAUCAACAUUUUAUGUCUAAAUCCUCUUCAUCUAAACAUGUGUCUGUGAAAAAACCAAAUAUUUUUCCUAUUGCCUCCUUCACAGCUGAAUAUUAACUGAGAUAAUGAAGAUGUUCAAAUAUUCAAAUGUUCAUUGGAAUAUUCAGUCUCAAAACAGUAAGUGUGUAUUAAGAGUGCUAUAAAUAGUGCACGUUAGAAAUGUCCACAAAGCUAUAAAAUAAUCUGUGACAAUAAAAACAAAACCCCCACAAAGUUCAUGUUUUGCAACUACAGAACUUAACAGAACUGAGCUAUGGAAAAAUUCCGUCUCCUCUCCAAACCUCCAUUAAUAACAGUUAAAAUGCUAAUCACCUUAUAAUGUGAGGAUUUGGGUUUUCAAAAAAACCACCAAGAGUGCAGAGUAGCACAUGGAGGACUCAAUAUGAAAAGUUCUUUUAACAAAGGACUCAAUCCCAGAAUCCUGGACAAGUCUCCCUCACUGACUCUGGGUAAGGCCUGCUUGUGUAAGGGAUUACACUUGGAAAGAAUUUGCCAGUACCAGCUCUGGUCUCUAAAUUACAGUUAAUAGUAUGUGUAAAUUAUGAAAAAUAGGAAAAUACACCUUCUAAAGCUCCUCAGCUGACAGGAGGGGACAGUGAUGUCAGGGCAGUGUUUGGCACAACAGAACACACAGUGUGAUCAUGGAACUGGAACAGUCCUGGGAAGGACACAGGGAUCUACCCCAGCACCAAAGCUGCUGCUGCUGCCCUGUAAUGAUGAGUUUCCCAAGGAAACACAGAAAAGAGUUUUUUCAUUCCUCAACAGUUCAGAGAUGUCCCAACUAAUCUUUCCCUUAGUCACUCCAGAGCAGAACCAAUGGUGUCCAGGCAGCAGCAGGAAAAUCCUUCCAAACAAUGAUUUGCAAGGCUUGGGGAUAGAUUUUUUUCACUCUGAGUUCUGUUGUUAAGAACAUACAUUCCCCACAAUGGGAUCCCCUCCUAAACAAGGGCCCCUUUUCCAUGAGAUCCUGCAGGCUUCCUCCUGCUCCCAACUCCUCCAUUAGUGACCUGUCCUGAGUUCUGCCCAAGGCCAUCGUGGUUCAGGAGUCAUUUCUCUAAAUCACCAAAUGAUGGGACAAAGAGAAGCCUUUAACAAUGUGAACACUGCCAACAGCAGCCUCAGAGCUCAGAAACCACAUCUGUGCCCGUGGAAAUGACUCCUUCUGCAAAACCAGCAGGGGAAAAUCCACAAGCCAAGGAGCAAUUGGCUGCUUUGAUCACUCAGUACUGAAAGGUGCUCCCUGGAGCACCAGCAUGCCACAAGUUUCCUUGGGAAUGCCAGAGCUUAGGAAUAGGAGAGUGCAUCAUCUACCAAAAACGCAAGGAAAACCACUUCCAUAAAUUACUACUUGUAAAGUCUUGCAGUCUUCUCUUAACACUACAUUUGAGCCAGAUUUAAAUUGUAGAAUUGUUCAAUGUGUGAUCCAAAGAGAGCUACCAUUUCUGCCCUCUUUGACUGGAAAAAAUUUUGAUUCCAAAACCUGUCCAGAAGCAGUAACUUCUAACUGGAUUCCAGUUCAGUCAGCUUUUACUCCUUAAAAUAAAGGAUGUUUACACACACAGACUUGCAGUUUUACUUAUAAAAUAAAUCUAAAAAGUAUAAAGCAACAAUGAAUUUUUUUGGAAUUACAGAGUGUCCUGAUGAAAAAUGCAAAUUACAUGCUGUCUUACAAAUCCAGCAAAACAAAUUCUGAACCAGGCCUGAAAACAAAACAAUUUUUAGGGAUGACAGUGUUAUUGUUCAUCAUCACUACAGUGGAACCACUCCAGUGGAAGAUUUCUAACCUCAUUACUUCAAGGCUGCACAGCCAAGAAAGAACCCAGUUCCUCAAGCACAGAAAUUCAACAGUAGGUCAGUCAGGCAGACAGAAACACGUCUGGUAUCCAAAUUUCUAUUUAAUUAAAGUCAAAAUUACUUCUACAGCUCAAAUUCUUACACAGGUGGUUUUCCUGCAUUGAUCUCACCCUGAUCAAUCCAAGUUUUUCCAUUGGUUUCAGGAAGUUUUAGCAUAAAAAUAUAAAUUUGAAUAAGCCAAAUAUUUCCUAUUGAGAUUCCAACCUCUGACUUGUGGAACAUUAAUAAAUCUCCUUGCUGUUAACAAAACAUGGUUGGCUGAUAGAAAAAGGGGAAUAGAUAAGGGAAGCUUUAAUUUGUCUCAAGUAGGACAAACCAAGGUAAAAGUGCAUGUCUAAAUAUGGGAAAAGUAACAGUUCUUCUUUUAUUUUUUUGAUGUCUCAAAUUCCUAUCUAGCACAUAAAGUUAUUAUUCAUUUUAAUUAGAUGUUUUAAUCAGUUUUAUGUUAAAGUGCCUGUCCUUUAGCCUGAGGACUUCUAAAGAUGAGUGUACACUAUGAAACAAAAUAAACAACUUCAGUUAUCAUUUGCCAUCCACAAUUCCUAAAAACAACUUCAGUGUAGUCAGUCAGUUUUCCUUUGCAUCCUACAUGGAGCCCAGAAAAAGCCAGAGGUCCUUCCCCUUAUUCCCAGCACACCCAAAGGACAUCAAACCUGGGAGAGGGGACAAACCAGGCCUCCAAGUCAGCUAAAAUUUACAAUAAACUGGAUUACACAACUCUCAAAAAUACAGGCAACCUCUCAGUUGUAGCCUGGCCCAACAUAAAACUGAACAAAGAAGUUUGAUUUGUAAACUUGUUUGUUUCUAUCAGAACUUCUAUCAGCAGGACAGAAGUUUAAUUGUGCAAAUUUUAAAUAUCUGUACAACUCAGUUUAAGGCAGUUAGAAAUCUCACAGAAUAUAUAUUAGUUCUACAGGCUCUUCUUUAUGUCUCUAAAAAUUGCCUCCUCUGAAAAACAAUGACAUGGAAAAUUUUGUAGAGUGUAGGUAAAAUAAGGUAUCUUUUUUGUUUCCAUAA